CCAUAUAAUUACCAAGUGCUUUGUGCUAAGCUACUCCUGAACUGCUCUCCUUUGCAGACAAAUUACUGCGCAUGCUCUAUACUUGAGCGAAGCACCGCCCAUACAGACGUGACCAUAUUUGUACACCAAUACAAGGCAGUGGGUUUUUCCAGCUCCCACAUCGUAUUACAAUUUUGCAAGUUACCCUCAUUCAACAUUCUGACGUUGAUCUUAUUGCGACGCAAAAGAUGCUUCAGCUAGCAAGAUAUCCGCACUGACUUCUCAUUAAACUGCGGGUCAAGCUUUGCAACCAACGACGGGCAGAAGGUCAUCAUGGCGAGCGGGAACAAAAUUGUCAUCGCUUUUCUCUCUGUAUCGACAGAAAGCUCGACAGAUAAGUUAAUUGAACAAAUUAAGCGCGAGAAUUAUGAUUUCAGAUGCGUCUUUGUGAAACUCACCCGACAAGACUUACAGUUGUUCCAGCCAGGAGAGACCUACGAUGCCGUCGUUCUGUUGCAUUCAAUUUCACAAGGUCGUAACUCCAUCACUGACUUAGCAGACGCCAAGUACAGCAAGUUCCUACCCACACUCAAGAAAAUUUAUGGACCUGACCGUGUUGCAGUUGUUGUUCACUCCAUGACGAGCUUCAAUUCUAACACCAAGAAGGCACUGAUGAUGAUCUUCAAGAAGUCCCAGCCAACCACCUUCCAGUGCUCUAAAUGCGUCAUCCAAUGCAACAAUUUAGCUGAAAUGCUAGCUGCAGACCUUUCACGACUCGCUGAAUUCCUCGGGGAGGUACCAGAUCAUCCUCUACCCAUCCCUGAAGAUGAGGCACAUUCAACCCUGACCAUAGCGCCCUCUGCGGAUAAAAUAGAUAGAAUCGAGACUGGUGGUAAGCCACAAAGCAUUCCUGUUUUUGCUAGUGCUACCACAGGAGAUCAAAGUAUGACUUCUUCUGCUCUGAGUUCUACUGACACCAGAUCCAUGUCUCAGACAGAGGUUGGCCGCUCGGAAAAUGCCUCAGCAAUUUCGUUUGAUAGUGGUUCUCCUGUUGACCCUUUAGGAGUUGGUCUUCGUACAGAAGUUGCUCCGACGCAACCUACUAAAGGCCAAACUUCAAUAACAAGCACAUCAUCCGCCGGUACGGGAGAUGGUAACACUCAGAACAUGGCUUCUAGUACGUCACAACUUGGCGCAUGUUCCUCCUACACCGCACAAGCCUCACCGAAAUUCGACACCUCAUCAUAUGGAUAUGCUACCCAAGACACAUUGAUUGACACAACCUACCCCAUAGCCUCGGUCGAUCUUUCUUCAAUUAACAGCACAUCAUCUGCCAGUACGGGAGAUGUUAACCCUCAAAACAUGGCUUCUAGUACGUCACAACUAGGCGCAUGUUCUUCCGACACCGCACAGGUCUCACAGCCCCCACCGAAAGUCGAUACCUCACCUAAUAGAUAUGACACCCAAGAAAAAGUGAUCGACACAACCUACCCCAUAGCCUCGGUCGAUCUUUCUUCAAUUAACAGCACAUCAUCUGCCAGUACGGGAGAUGUUAACCCUCAGAACAUGGCUUCUAGUACGUCACAACUAGGCGCAUGUUCUUCCGACACUGCACAGGUAUCACAGCCCCCACCGAAAGUCGAUACCUCACCUAAUAGAUAUGACACCCAAGAAAAAGUGAUCGACACAACCUACCCCAUAGCCUCGGUCCAUCUUUCUUCAAUUAACAGCACAUCAUCUGUCAGUACGGGAGAUGUUAACCCUCAGAACAUGGCUUCUAGUACGUCACAACUAGACGCAUUUUCUUCCGACACUGCACAGGUCUCACAGCCCCCACCGAAAGUCGAUACCUCACCUAAUAGAUAUGACACCCAAGAAAAAGUGAUCGACACAACCUUCCCCAUAGCCUCGGUCGAUCUUUCUUCAAUUAACAGCACAUCAUAUUCCAGUACGGAAAAUGUUAAUCCUAAGAACAUGGCUUCUAGUACGUCACAACUAGGCGCAUGUUCUUCCGACACUGCACAAGUCUCACAGGCCUCACCGAAAGUCGACACUUCACCUGAGAGAUAUGCCGCCCAAGACAAAGUGAUUGACACAGCCUACCCCAUAGCCUUGGUCAAUCUUUCUUCAGAAAAUCAACCAACAACAUUGAAGGAUGAUCUACAACGACGACUUCCCGGAAAGACAAUCAUGUUGAUUAAAGACAUAAAUGACCUGGCAAGCAACUGGCACUUGUUUGAAGCCAUUCUUUUAGACUUGGGAUCAUUACAGGAAGCUGCAUCUUACAGUUCGGAUGAAUAUAAGGGCGCCUUGCAUAUUUACCAGAAAUGCCUAAAAGAGAUGUUGGUACCCCAGAAUUUAGCCCUGUUGAUGCUAGCUCCGGUGGAUACUCAUUCAGCCGAUAAACAUGCAGAUAUCAUACGCAUGAUAAGCGAGAUCGGCAAGACCAGAGAAGUUUCUGUCUUCCAGUACAGCAGGGAAUCUUGCAAACCAUCUCUCUUUGAUGAUAACACGAAAAACCGACUGUUUUUCUGGAUUCUCGAUUGCUACCCUAGGUACCACGCAGCUGCCCUUCAGAAGGGACCCGGCCCCUCCAAGAACAUGCAGACUCAAUUAGCCAAGUAUUUCCCAAGUAUUUCCCGUCUUUUUUAAAGAAGCUAGACAGGUAGAAGUAUGUGGGUGGGGUAGUGGAUUCAUAAGCCUACCUUGGAGAAGUCAUUUCAUCUGGCAACGGAAGUCUACAAGAGAAUGACGUGAUCAUCGAGCUUUUAUCAUGUUGAUGGCACUAGUUAUGGUGUCAGGUCAUGCAUGAUUUUCGUUUCAUUAAAUACCGCCAAGAUUUUUGGUAAAUACAUGUAGCUUAAUUGAUAUCUACACGAUACAUGUAUGUGGCAAUGGAGAGGCAAAUACAUGUAUACGUGUUGCAAAAUUUAUACAAUAAAAUUAGGAUUUUUGUGUGGUUCAUGCUAAUUAUCAAUUUUUCUUGAAUAAAGACAAAUUUUCGGAAAUCUAUAUAAUCUUUAACAAUAACUCUGACUCUUCUUUCAUCUCUAAAAUUCAUUACUCCUGUAUCCAUGAGAAUGGCACCCACCCCCCCCCCCCCCCCCCUUUUCAUGCUCGCUCUCUCUCUCUCUCUCUCUCUCUCUCCUUACCUCUUACUCAAAUGGGACAUCCAACCACCCUUUCCUUACGAAGGCUGCUCCAUCAAAUGCCAGUGUAAUCACUAAAUUUUCAUCUUGACUGUCGUAUAUAAUUAUGAUAAAGACGAUAUGAGUACUCCACACUGAUGUAACUAUACCCCGUGUAAUACAGUCGGUGAUAACAUAUAUAACUAUAACAGACUUCAAGAAAUCAACAUAAGGCAUUUCAUAUAGUAUAAUGUGUCACUUAGUGAAAUUGUGGGAAAUGAAUGUGACAUGAAUAAUCUGAACAUGAUUUCUAUAGUCAUUAUUGGGUUUUUAAAAUUGCUUACAAGUUAAAUUCUUAUGGGUCUUUGCGAUUGCGUUUUAUAUAUAUAUUUUAAGCAAAAUUACAAAUUCCACUGAAAAUCGUUUCAUUGGUAUAGGCUUUACUCGAAAUUGACAAUUGUGAUUUUUUUUGUUAAUGAAUGAAAAACUACGGUAAACGGCAAUGUUGUACAUAUUCUAUAUGAUAUAUUUUACAGACCUUCUGUAAUUUUUCAUUUAAUAAAUCAACUUUCUUCGUUGUUUGGUUCGUUGAUUUUUUUGUUUCUCUGUAUAUCUUCCAAAAGGGAUUUAUAUAUUGGCAACCCUUUCAAACUGUAAUAUUCAUAACUUCUGCGAAAACUUUAUCAUAUCAAUCAUGUUCAUGACUUCUUUAGUAUUGAUUUCUUUAACCCCUUUGUUUGUUUGUUUGUUUACCGUUUUUCUUUUAGCGUGUAUAAAUUAAUGCUCUGCUCUGGUAUUUGCAGACAGCAAAAGCCAAUAGGAUAGAUGUAUAACGUAGUAGUAGUAAUAACCAACAUAGGUUAACAUUUUGUAUAAUAAUGGGUGCGGUGUCUUUCGUUACGUUUGGCGCCGUUAGCAUUGUGAAGUUAGAAGUAGGUCACGAACGCCCUGCCCAUUAUAGUUGUAUUUUUCAUCAUCGUUAUGUGUUCGUCGUAUCAAUAAAUACACUUCAAUGGUU